CCGGUCCACGGAUCAGCUAUAUAAAACCAUGCAGGUUAACAAACAGUAGUUACACCACUUAUUCAUUCGUGUUAGCUGAGGGACCGUCAUGAUUUGGACAAUCAUUCUGCUACUCAACGGGAUACUGUUCUUUUAUUUCCUCUCUAAUAGGACGCGGUCCAAGAGAGAACCACCUUUGGACAAAGGAGUUAUCCCAUGGUUGGGGCAUGCGCUGGAUUUUGGAAAGGAUGCUGCGAAAUUUUUAACAAGAAUGAAACAGAAACAUGGAGACAUAUUUACGGUUCGUGUGGCUGGACGUUACGUUACCGUUUUACUGGAUCCCAAUUCCUAUGACACUGUAUUUCAGGACACAGCAUCUCUAGACUUUUCACGAUAUGCUCAGGUGCUGAUGGACCGGAUUUUUAAUUUGAGGCUUCCAAGUUACAAACCUGACACAGAGAAGGCUAUAAUGAGAAGACAUUUCCAGGGCGAGAGCCUGUUAUGCUUGAACCACGUCAUGGAAAAGCACCUGCGAACACUGCUAACAUUGGAGACAGAGGACCUAAACCAGUCUGACUGGAAACAAGACGGGCUCUUCCACUUCUGCUACAGCAUGAUGUUUAGGGCUGGAUAUCUCACACUCUUUGGUGGAGAACAGAACAACAAUUGCGCUGAUGCCGCCAACGUUUAUUCAGAGUACCACAAAUUUGAUGGCCUCUUGAUGAAGAUGGCUCGCAGCACUCUAAAGUCUGGGGAGAAGCAGACCACAGGCAUGGCGAAGCAGAGGUUGUGGGAGUUACUGGCACAGGCUGGAUUGAGGCAGGAGUCCAGUUUGUGGCUGCAGAAUUAUAGACAUCACUUGCAGGCAGAGGGCGCUGAUGAGGAGACACAGAGAAAGGCCAUGCUACUACAGCUUUGGGCCACACAGGGUAAUGUGGGCCCUGCUGCAUUCUGGCUCCUGGCCUUCCUGCUGACCCACUCAGAGGCCAUGAGGGCAGUGAGAAAGGAGUUUAAUAGUGUCACAGUGCCUGGAACCAAUACACUCAACCCCCAGGACCAGACACCUGUUUUUGACAGUGUGCUGGAAGAGACUCUCCGCCUGACCGCUGCCCCUUUCAUCACUCGGGAGGUCCUGCAGAACAAGACACUGUGCAUGGCAAAUGGACAAGAAUACGACCUGAGGAAGGGUGACCGUCUCUGUCUGUUCCCUUUCAUAAGUCCACAGAUGGAUCCAGAAAUACAUUUUGAACCUGAGAAAUUCAAGUAUGACAGGUUUCUUAAAGCAGAUGGAACAGCGAAAAAAGACUUCUUUAAAGGUGGGCGGAGACUGAAGUAUUAUACCAUGCCUUGGGGAGCAGGGACUAAUGCGUGUGUGGGAAAGCCAUUUGCCAUCCAGUCCAUCAGACAGUUUGUGUUUCUGGUUCUGUUCCAUCUGGACAUUGAGCUUCAUGACCGUGAAGCUCAGGUGCCUGAAGUGGAUGUCAGUCGCUAUGGUUUUGGAAUGCUACAGCCGAACAAGGAGCUUCAAAUACAAUACAAACGCAGAGACCAACCUUUUUUUCAAUAACAGUUCACCGGUACCAUUGACCCAGCUGACCUAUACAUAUUUAUUUAACAUUGUCUUUUUCAUAUAUAUAUAUAUAUAUAUAUAUAUAUAUAUAUAUAUAUAUAUAUAUGUAUAUAUGUAUAUAUGUAUAACUGUACAUAAUUGUGUAUAUAUUUCAAUACUUUGUAUUGUACUUGGAUUUUUUUUUUUGUAUAUUAUCAUUACCACAUUAUCAUUGAAAACUAGAGGAAAAACACCAUUAAUGAUGUUUUUAGCCAUUUUAAGGGGGUUUGAAGGAUUAUAACUACAGUAUAUUGUCUGGUUCUAACCAUACAUGCAGCAUAAAAGUUCGAUUACAGGCCACAGAGCUGAUGGUUCUAAUAUCUGUACUGCUUCACUACAGUCUGUCACUGUGCCCUUGUAGGCACUAAUCCUAAAGCUGUACUAAAUAAGAACAGGACAUGAGGAUUCCCUAUUUAGACUGGUUAGACCCUUGUUAUGAUGGUUCUUAAUUUAUUUAAACCUUUAUUAAAUGGUUUUAACUGAAACAAAACAAUAAAAUGUUUCUUACAAAGAAAAAAAGAAAGAUGAUUUAGUGAUUAAAGCAGCAUUUACUUUGGCCCUGACUACCGCAAAAUAUCAAGCAAUCGAAUACUGCCUUUGUUUCUCAUUUUUGUGGAUCCUGACUUAUAAUGUUCCAGAUUCUUGAUUAAAAGUGUUGUUUUUUCAUCA